UUCUUUCACUAUGUUUUCCAUUUUCUCGUUGCGUUUCCAUCUCAUUGAUUGUUCUAUUUUUACUAUUCAUACAUUCUUUUCAGCUGUGCUGUAGACUGUUCCGCCUCUAAAUUCUAUUGAUUUUACCUUUACACAUAUAUCGAUAUCUAUAUACAUAAAACUUCUUCGAGGUCAGCCUUCAAUAUUUAAUAAAUACUAAAAAUGCAAUUUUCCAACCUCGCAAUUCUCUUCUCGCUCUCAGUAGCAACUCUCGCAGCACCAAUCGAUACAGUCAAACGUGCUACCACAAAAGCCACAAGUGCUAGUGUUCUCACUGCGGGAGACUACAGCACCUUCCAAGUUUCUGACGGAGUAGCCGGAGAUGCUCUGGCGGAAGUCAAUGCCAAAUUUCCUAUUGAUACCUCAAACUUCGCCGGUGUUUCUGCUGCUGAUUUAGCUAUAAUAACCAAAGCUGCUCAGAUUUCCGAGGAUGCUGAAGUAGGUACCGGUGGUUUUAAUGAUGCUAUUGAUGCUGCAGGUGGAACGAGCUCUACCGCUGGUGCUGCGUUGCAGGUUGGAAAAAUCAAGAACAAGGUCUUGAAGUUACAGACAGAUGUGUUGAGGAUUCAGAUACAGACUGCACAGGGAAAUGCUGGGAGCUCGAGUGAACUUGCAGCACAGCAAAAGAAGCUGGCGACGAAUGUUGCGUUAGAUGUCGCGCAAGCGGGGAAAACUAGCAAGAGUAUUAGUUUCUCGGGGACAGAUUAACUUUAGGGUGUGUGGAGCGUAAUGUUGGAAAUUUAAAUGUGUAUUGAAUAAGUAUGGUAAGCGAUUUGAAAGAAGUCAAAAAAUGAAUAAUAUUGAAGCACUGAAUCAUUCAUCUUUGUUCCACGGCAUAAAAAUUGUCUUUUCUCAAAUCACUCAAACCAUUUCG